AUGGCCACCACACUCCAAGAACAGCCUGUGCAGACAGUCGAGGACGAAUACACGAGUGCAGCGUCGGAAGACGAUAUUCCUGAGACCAAAGCCUCAGUUACUGUGAAUCCGAAUCCUGCUGCUUCAACCGCGCGCUUCAGCAAGAAUCAAGUCGUGCAGAAGCCAGUAUUUGCAAAUGGUGAACGAACAAAGGGUGUCUUCACCGUUUAUGCUAGCAGGUACAACUCUGCCAAGGGAUAUUACGAGUACCAGCUACGAGACUUCUACACCACGCAGAUGACAAGUGGCUGGACACGCGAAAAGGAGUUGAAGCCCGGCAGCUGA